GCGUCCUGCUAGAGCGGCCGGAGAGCUCUCUGGCUCGUAGAAAACUAGGGAAUGGUGAGAACUUGCCCACGUGGCUGGCAGGGGCCGCGGGGCCUGUAAUUGGACAGGAAGGAAGAUUGCGGAGGCGGGAUGAGGGGGCGGUUCCUGAGCGGCUGCCAGCGCGCCCUUUGGCUUCUUAAGGCGUGCUGCUCCGGGCGGCAGUUGUCUUUUGCAUCCUCCCGAGACCAGUCCACAGUUUUGUGUGUGAGCAAGAUGAAGGCCGACCUGUCUGGGUUUAACAUCGACUCUCCCCUUUGGGACCAGUGCACUUUCCUGGGGCGGGUGAAGCACUUCUUCAAUAUCACGGACCCCCGCACUGUCCUGGUCCCAGAGCAGGAGCUGGACUGGGCCAAGGCAAUGGUGGAGAAGAGCAGGAUGGGGAUCCUGCCUCCGGGCACUCAGGUGGAGCAGCUGCUGUAUGCCAAGAAGCUGUAUGACUCAGCCUUCCACCCUGACACCGGGGAGAAGAUGAACGUCAUUGGGCGGAUGUCCUUCCAGGUCCCUGGGGGCAUGAUCAUCACCGGCUUCAUGCUCCAGUUCUACAGGACAAUGCCGGCGGUGAUCUUCUGGCAGUGGGUGAACCAGUCCUUCAAUGCCUUAGUCAACUAUACCAACAGGAAUGCGGCUUCCCCAACAUCAGUCAGGCAGAUGGCCCUUUCCUACUUCACAGCCACAACCACUGCAGUGGCCACUGCUGCGGGCAUGAACAUGUUGACCAAGAGAGCCCCACCCCUGGUGGGCCGCUGGGUGCCCUUUGCCGCGGUGGCUGCAGCAAACUGUGUCAACAUCCCAAUGAUGCGGCAGCAGGAACUCAUCCAGGGCAUCUGCGUGGAGGACAGGAACCACAAUGCGAUUGGUCAUUCCCGGAGAGCUGCGGCCAUAGGCAUCACCCAGGUGGUUAUUUCCCGGAUCACCAUGGCUGCACCUGGCAUGAUCUUGAUGCCAAUCCUUAUGGAAAGACUGGAGAAGCUACGCUUCAUGAAGAAAGUCCAGGUCCUGCAUGCCCCCUUGCAGGUCAUGCUCUGUGGGUGCUUCCUCAUCUUCAUGGUGCCAGUGGCAUGUGGGCUCUUCCCACAGAAAUGUGAAUUGCCAGUUUCCUAUCUGGAACCAGAGCUCCGAGACACCAUCAAGACCAAGUAUGGAGAUCUUGUGCCUUAUGUCUAUUUCAACAAGGGUCUCUAAAUGCCCUCCCCAGCAAGGACCAGUCUGUAUCUACACUCACCAGCUCUUAGCCACUGUGCACAUCUGUGCUCUCAUUCCUCUUUGUCAACAAUGCCUCAAGGCCAGGGUGGACUUAGGGUGGGAGGGAGGAUGCCUCAUGCCUCCAGCCCAGGCACCUGGCUUAUUGGACACCAGGAGAUAAAAGUGAACGAGGGAGACAAAGACCAAAAUCUUCUGUCUGCAUUCCAUCCCUUACCCCAUCCCUUGGAGACCAGGAGCUGAGGCCCUCUCAGGGAAAAGUUGCUGGUGCCUGGGGGAAGACACUUAAGCUAACUAUUUGGAGAAAUUAGGAACCUUUGGGAUUCUGGGUGCCAGCCAGGAUUGGGGAAAAGUCCCUGAGAUGCAGAGAAACUCCUGCUCCUCUUUCCCCUUCCUCCUCAUUCUCUUCCAAGCAGUGGAAACUUUUACCCAUGCAACUCUCUUCUCACUUGGGAAGAGAAGGGGGAGAGGAGUCUGUGCCUCCUUGAGACUCUUCUCUUCCCUUCCCCAUGCUCCUCCCCAUUGCCACCUGGUCUGAAAGCUUCUUUGGGGGUGCUGCUAUACUUGAGUUUAUCUGCCCCCUAGUAGUAGUGCUAAAAAAGGACACUGCCAGGCAACAGAGUGGGAAGGUGCUUCAAGCCCUAUCUGUUGACACUGGUUUUGUUCACUUGCCCUAAAACCAUGUCUGGAUAUGUUCUUCGGGAUCUUCUUUAAGGUAGUGGAAGUACUCUUCCCCUGGUGCCUCUCUUUUAAAAGAUAAAUCCACUAACUGUAAAUGAAAAAGAUGUUUGCAGGCAUUAACCACAUGGUAUCAUGGGGUAUAAUUUCCUGGCUGCCUCCCUUCCUCAGCCCAUUGGGUUAGAAACCAAAUCAAGAUGUGUGUACUGAAUAGGUUUCUUCUGGACAGCAAGAGGAAAUCAACCAGGAGCAAAGAGCCUUAUAGACACAAAGCAAAGCACGACCACUUUCCCUCCCCAACUUGGCUGCCCCCUGUGAUUUCCUUGGGGGAUUGUUGUGACUUACCUGGGGUCCAUAUGUGUUUGCAUUUUUGUCUGGUGGAAUUUGCUUACUCUGUUCAAAGAAUAUCACUGUGAAUUGAAUAAAUUUUUUUUUAAAGAGUA